GGAUUUAAAGUAAAGCUGGUCAACAUUUCUUCAUCAAAGCCAGAUCCGAGAACAUAAUGGCUAUAGAUAUCAAAACAAUGUUCUUCCUUGGACUUGCUGUUGUACUAACAGGUGUGGGAAAGUCUGCCUUCAUCGGGAAGAGUCACAGCGGAGGGAAGGAUGAUCCUGUGCUGCAGUAUAUCGUCAACAACUCACUGAGAGAGCACCCAGUCCUCACCAAACUCAGACUGAAAACCCUUGAGGACCCAUGGAGCAUCAUGAUGGUUGCCAGUGAACAAGCUCAGUUUAUGGCAAAUCUUAUAAGACUGAUAAAUGCAACUAAAGCCAUUGAAAUUGGGAUGUACACUGGGUACAAUGCUCUGAGCAUGGCUUUGGCCAUGCCACAAAGUGGAAACGUAGUAGCUUGUGAAAUAGAAGAAACCUAUGUGGACAUCGCCAAACCGUUUUUUAAAGAGGCUGGAGUUGAAAAUAAGAUAGAUGUACGCCAUGAAAUAGCAAUGAAGACACUAGAUGAACUGAUUGCAGUCGGGGAAGCUGGAACAUAUGACUUUGUGUUUAUCGAUGCUGAUAAAUUAAACUAUGACAGAUACUACGAGAAGUCGUUUGAGCUCAUACGAACAGGGGGCAUCAUUGCCAUUGACAAUGUGCUGUGGAGUGGAAAGGUUGUGAACCCUGCUCCCAGUGACCUCACCUCCCAGGCUCUGGAUGCUCUCAAUAAAAAGCUUCACAAGGACCAGAGGAUCGAUCUGAGCAUGCUCCCUGUGGGAGACGGGCUGUCCAUUGUCAUUAAACGCUAAAUGAUGAGUUGAAAAGUUCCAUGUUUGGCCUGCUUAAGAUUUACUAAAUAAAUAAAAUGAUAGUAUAUUGCCU